AAGGCAACCGACGAGAACUUGACGUCCGAGAACUGGGCCCUCAUUCUCGAUGUUUGCGAUCGCGUAUCCACCUCGCCUACAGGGCCUCAGUCGGUCACGGCUGCCUUGAUCAAGCGCCUCGCCCAUCGCAACGCCAACGUCCAGCUGUACACACUCGAGCUCGCCAAUGCCUUGUCGCAAAACUGCGGUGCUCCUAUUCAUAGAGAGUUGUCCUCUCGUUCCUUCACCGACGCCCUGCUUCGCUUGGCCGCCGACCGCAACACACACCAGCAAGUCAAGAGCAAGAUACUCGAGCGUAUGCAAGAAUGGAAAGACAUGUUCAAGGGAAACCCCGAUUUGGGCAUCAUGGAGCAGGCCUACGACAAGCUACGCUCCUCGAACCCUGGUCUAGCCCCACCUAGCAAGCCCGUCAAGCGUCAAAUCGAGGACACCGACCGUCGUAAGGAAGAGGAAGAGCUGCAGAUGGCUCUCGCCUUGAGUCUGAAAGAGAAAGCACCUGAACCAGAGGCUGCCUCGGCAAACUCGCCUCAUCCUCAGUCUGAUGCCCAGCAAGGUACAACUGCUGCCACGGUAAGCAGAGUCAAGGCUCUCUAUGAUUUCAUCCCGUCCGAGCCUGGUGAGCUGGCUUUCAAAAAGGGCGACGUUAUUGCUGUGAUCGAGUCUGUGUACAAAGACUGGUGGAAAGGAUCUUUGCGUGGUCAGACCGGUAUCUUCCCAUUGAACUACGUUGAGAAGUUACAAGACCCGACCAGGGAGGAGCUUGAAAGAGAUGCCCAAACGGAAGCAGAUGUCUUCUCACAAAUUAGAAAUGUCGAGAAGUUAUUGGCGUUGCUGAGUGUCAGAGGCGAAAACUCGCGCGACACAGGCAGCGAGGAUGAAAUCACCGAUCUGUACAACCAGACCUUGUCAAUCCGACCCAAGCUGAUCGAGCUGAUUGGAAAGUACUCGCAAAAGAAGGAUGAGUUCACACAGCUGAAUGAGAAGUUUAUCAAGGCUCGUCGCGACUAUGAGGCCCUUUUGGAAUCGUCCAUGUCGCAACCGCAAUACUCUGCUCCAGCCAGGCAACAUUCUGGUGGCUAUUACAACGCCUACCCUCCUAUGCAAUCCGGGUACCCACCACAAGGCCCCCCUCCUGAUCAACGCUUCUACAAUCAGCCCCCACAGUCCGAGCCUCCUCAGCAGAAUGCUUACGCUUACCCUCCUCCCAUGAGCAAUCCAUCAGCAACUCCAGCACCUGCUCCUUUCCAUUUUCUUCCAAAUGGUGCACCGCCACCAGAAGCACGUCAAAGUCCCAAGCCAAUGGGCCCUGGUCCUAGUGCUCCCCCCAGCGAUGGCGCAUAUGGUAUGCAGUCAUACAACAACCGUCCUCAGAGCAUCCACACCCUCAACUCGGGGAAUCCUCAAGAACUGAGCACGAGCGCCUACGAGAGUCCCACCGAUGGCCGCAACAAUGUCUACGGCGCUGGUGCUCCUGUACCAGCGCCUUCAAACUACCCUCCCUCACAACCGCCUCAACAACCCUCAAAUGCACCUCCUGCAGCACCACAGCAAAUGCCAAUCCGACAGCGCACCUCGAGCUUCGAAAGUCCGACGUCUGUUUACUCUGCCCAGCCGCCCCAGGAUACAUCCACCGCCUCUUAUCCUCCACACGGUGCCCAACCUUCUGCUCCUCUUUCAUCGACGCCUGCUUACCAGGCUUACAAUCCUCAGGCUGCACCUCCUCAGCAAGGACAGCAACCACCACAACAGCAGCAGUAUGCACCGGCGGCUAGUGCAGAUGAUGCUAGUGAUUACUACCGCUAG